AUGACUGUGCCAACGAAAACUCAAUAUUCCAUUCUUGUCAUCAACCCCAACACUUCAACGCACAUGACCAAUACUUUGAUACCCAUACUGGAUAACCUCGGGCAUGGAGGCAUACAAUUUGACUACUUCACAGCUCCAGCAUCCGAAUCAGUCACGCUCCCCGAUGGAAGAGUGGUAGAAGGAGUGCCCAGUAUCGACUCCGGUGACGAUUCUGUCAAGUCGGCUUUUUAUUGCAUGCCCUUCCUGGAGCAACUGGUGUCCGAGUAUGAUGGCUUCAUUGUCGCCUGCUUCUCAGCUCAUCCCCUCGUUGGUAUGCUCAAAGAAAAAGUCCGGUCGAUCGAAGACGCAGAGUCAUCGGGAGUUCCCUCGGAACUGAAGGUCAAGAAAAAGUACGUGACGGGUAUCUUUGAAGCGGCAGUUCUUGCUGCUCUCGGCGUGAUUAGUUCAUUCCAAGCCACUCCGGGCCCAGAUUGGGGCAAGGCCCAAUCUCGAGAUACGUUCGGCAUAAUUUCGACCGGUAAAGUCUGGGAGACUGAACUCAGCAAAGCGGUCGCUGACAUGCUUGGCAACUCGGGAGAUUCCACAUCCACUGGUCGGUUUGCUGGGGUGGAAACGACUGGACUGACGGCCGUCGAACUACACACCACCCCUCCCCAAGAAGUGAGAAGGAGACUGGUCGAAGCGACAGAACGGCUUUUGAAGAAGGCAGCCCAUCCUGUUGGUGCGAUAUGCAUGGGCUGUGCCGGCAUGGUGGGCAUGGAAGACGCAAUAAGAGAGGGAUGUGUCAGGACAUACGGACGACAAAAAGGCAGUCAAGUCAGAAUAGUCGACGGCGUUAUUGCUGGGGCGGGGAUGCUUGCGACGGCUUGCAAAGCCGGUUUCUAG